AUGUAUCUUCUUUUUCUUAUUAUUUUACUUCAUGAUUCAAAAGUAAUUGCUACUUUUUCUCCUGAUACAAGUGAUUAUAAUGCUUAUGGUCCUAAAAUAGCUGCUAACGAUGUUCUUUUUGUCGAAGCAUAUAGUAAUGGAAAAAAAUUCGUUGUUCAAUUUGCACCAUAUAAUUAUACAUUUGAUUCACUUCAAUGUUCAAUUAAUUAUGAUGAUACAACACAUUAUGUUUAUUCAGUAGGUGUAGGACAAAAACAAACUACAACUUUGAAACCUUACUUUUAUUUUGCUGGUGAAGUUGUAUCUGAUAAUUCACAAGGUACUGAUACAUCAGGAAAUAAUGGAACAUUUAUUGGUAUUUGGAUUAAUCAAGAUUCAAAAACAAUACAACAAUAUUUAUUAAGAAGACAAUCUAUAUCUUGUGAUUAUUUUGAAGUAGAUCAUCUGGAAUUUAUUUCUUCAUAUGAACAUCAAGAAUUUUUUGUUAUUGCUGUUGAACCUUAUGGACAAUAUGCAAUAGGAUUAGCAACCGAAUUUGGCUUUAUUUAUCGACCUUUUUCAAGUACCACGAUGACUACUAAAGUGGGUACUGAUAUUUGGCCAAACAAUUCUACUUUUAAUCCAUGUGCGGCUGAUGCAAGUGAAACAUUUACAAUUGUUGCAGGUUUUAUUGAAAAUUCAGCAAGAUCUCGAGUACGUGCAACACCUACUGUUUAUUUAAUAUGGAAUACUAACCUUACUGUUUUAUCAACAUGGUCUUAUAGUGCUACUAAUAAUUCUUGGCAAUCACGUUUGACUUAUUCAAGUGUUAAUACGUGGAGUAGUCAAUAUACCAUGUCAGUCAAAAUCAAUUCUAAUGAUUCAACUCGAGUACUUAUUGGAAUGCCUUUCUUAAAUACAGUUUUUUUAUUUGUUGUCAGUAAUAAUGGUACAAAUCUAACAUUAACUAGUUAUUUCGAAAAUGGUCAAUCAGUUGGUUAUGGUACGAGUGUAACUUGGUUAACAAGUUCACAAGCAGCUAUUCUUGUUUCAACAUAUUCACUUAAUUAUCUAACAUGGUAUUCAUCAAAAAUUUAUUUAUAUACAUCAUUAAAUGAUACAAUUGUACCUUCAUCACCAUCAGCCGUUAUUCCCAAUGCUCAACAACCAUUACCAUCAACUAUCAACUCAAAAUUAAUUCGAAUUGUAUCAACACCAGCAUCUCUUGCAAUACUCGAUACAGAAGGUGGUGUCGUUCUCAUAUUAGCUGAAGCAUCAGGUUAUUAUGCAUCAACAGAUAUAAGUAAUUCACCAGUAGCUGCUGCAAUGCCUGUUGUUAGUCAUUCAACCAAAUGCAUUGGAGGUACUUAUAAAUCAGAUAUUGGUAUUCAUCCUUGUAUAUUAUGUCCAAGUGGAUCAAGAAAUCCAGGUAUCAUUGCUAGUAUAUCAUGUAUUACAUGUUCAUCAAGUAGCUUUUGUCCAUUGGGAGCUAUAUAUGAAAUGAAUUCAACUUUACUUACUUCUAUAUCACAAGCAUAUGCAUAUCCUCGUUCACCUGAAAUGGAUGUAUUUGAAGAUAUUCUUCUUAAUAAUAUGUUUUCAUUAGGUUCAACAGGUCAUUGUCUAGUAGUUUCACCAGUUUUUUGGACAUUAAUACUUUUGGCUAUCUUUCUUAUUUUACUUCUUGUUAUGGCUUCACUCUAUUGGUGGUUUCCACCAGAGAAACGUGAUCGGUUAUUGACUAUUAUUAAGAAUAUUUUUCAACGAACAGAUCUUGUCGGUGAAGGUGAACUCUGGAUUGGUGGACUUGCAUCAAUAGCUAUAGUUUUAAUAACUGCUAUGGCUUAUGCUUUUGCUAUAUUAUAUAUGAAUCAAUAUCCAUCAGAAAAAGUAGAAGCAUCAACAUUUGCAUGUGAUACUACUAUUCGAAAUGCUAAAUUUCAAACAAGUCUUCAAGCAUUAGCUGUUCCUGUGUCUGAUGAAGAACAACCAAUGUUUGAUUUAUUAAAUGAACAAAAUUUUACUCUUUAUUUGGAUUUCAUCAAUACACUUUCUUCUUGUAUGAGUCUUUCAAUUUCCGAAGUUACUGAUUCAUCAACAAUAUCUAUGAAUUUAUUAUCAUGCUCGAAUUUAAAUGGUACACUUUCAGCGACAGUCUUUUUACCACAACAUGAUAUAAAAGUUACAGCAACACUGAAUGAUAUUCAACUUGUUGGUGGUAUUCAAGUUGGUCUUUCAGGUCCAAGUUCAAUAAACGGUUCAGAUAUAUUAAAAGAAUUAAAUUUUCGUCAAUCAUUUUAUAGUCAAUCUCCUAGAACUUUUGCCCAAGCAGCAGCCAUUGAUAUAGCACUCACUAAGGUUGUCAAUGAAACAGAACCAUUAUCUGGUAGUGAUUCAGAAUUUGGAGGUAUAUGGUAUCCAACAUUUACAUAUAGUCUUAAUGAAAUGUUCAUAACAACUGAUACUUAUGCUAUGUCUACUAAUCUAACAUCAACUACAUUAACAAUUGAUAUAAGUGAAACAUCAUAUUAUAUAAAAAAUGUUCAAUCACCUAUUGCUAAACAACCAGAAAUUAUAUUUCGUACUCUUUUAUUUUCAUUUUUAUGUCUUGAAAUAUGUGCAAUGACAUUUCUUAUCUGUAAACUUCUUCUUAUUCCAGUAUAUCGCAAGGUUACUAGUUGUUGUUUUCCUCAUUGUAUUAACAGUGUUGAACCAGAAUAUGAAAUGAAAUCUAAUCAUCAUUAA